UUCUUUGUUUAUUCAGGAAGUUCCGACAUAAAUUUAAGAUAUGAUGGGAUAGCUGUCUGUACAGAAUUGUGUAAUCUCGUGCAUCCCCUUGGAAGGGAGGAGCAAGUGUUCAUCGAUGCGUAGAGCGCUACGAACCAGUUUGUGACCAAAACGUUCCACUGGGUACGGUUCAUCUUUUUAAAAUUGCUAAACAAAUCAAUAAAGAGAUUACCUUACACAUUAACGCAUUAUUAUAAAAGUCUGGGAUUGAAAAUAUCCACAUGCGGUAUCAACAAGCAAAUAUCCGAUACAAAGGCUAACAAUAUUUACUGGAGCCUCUCCGUUGGAUAACUUUGAAAAGUUUGCCAUGCAGUGAACCAUCCGUGCGCCAGGGCUCAUUUACCUCUCUCAUACAGCUCCUGCCGGUCCUCUCAAGAUGAUCCGGAGGGAACGUCUGUCUGGUAGGUAACAGAAGACAUCCGUGUGUUCAUCUUCCUGCCCCUGUAGUGGAGAUGGUCCACAGCGCCGCCCUGCUGGUGACAUGUGUCUGGAUGCAGACUUUUGCCGCUCUCGCUCUCACCUCCUGCCCCGCGAGCCCCCCCAGAGCUGUGGAUUUCUCAGUGCCCUACAAGCUGCCCUUCUUUCAGGCACGCGACCUCAUACAGAACAUUGUGACUAAUCCGUACUACCAUGAGGUCUAUGUGGCCUCGCAGAAUGUUAUCGAGGCAGUAAACGGUACUCUGGGUAAGAAAUGGGUGCUGAGGACAGGUCCCGUGGGUAGUCCUGAAUGCAGGGUCUGUGACCUGUGUGAUAUUGAAAGGGCUCCUGGCACACUGGAGAACACAGACAAUGAGGUCUUGCUGUUUGACUCGUAUUUCAUGUAUUUGUACACUUGCGGAAGCUCUCAGUAUGGCGUCUGCUCUUUCCACCAACUUGAGGAGAAAGGGCCACCCUCCUCCUCCAAAUGUUUAUUUAGGAAGGAAUUCAACUCCCCGACUAACUGUCCGGACUGCCUGGCCAGCCCCCUGGGCACUAAGGUGACCAUGGUGGAGGAGGGACAGACAGUUUACUUCUUUGUAGCGGCAACCGUCAAUGAUAGUGUGGCCCAGAAGUAUGGCAGGAAGUCGAUAUCGGUGCGUCGGCCACUGUCAACUGAAAACGGGUUCCACACCGACGUCCAGGGCCUCACUGUGCUGCCGGGCUUGCGCGGGUCGUACCGCAUCGAUUACAUCUACAGCUUCUUCACAAAGGACUACGUAUACUUCCUGUCUGUUCAGAGGGAGAGUCCGAAUCAGGAUUCCUCCGCCUUCCAAACGCGACUGGGUCGGCUCCCGCGUAACGAGUGGGAUAUACGGCGGUACCGUGAGGUGGUGCUGGAGUGCCGCUUUGAACCCAAGCGCAGGAGGAGGAGGAGGAGGGAGGAGGACUGGAGGGAUGUGGUGUACAACGUGCUGCAGGCUGCGCACUUUGGAAAGGCUGGGAAGGAGCUGGCGGAGGAGUUGGGCGCCGAGGAGAACGAAGACAUCCUGUACGGCGUUUUCGCAGUGACUGACGACUCUGGGAAGCCCGACCAUGACUCCGCCCUUUGCGCGUUCCCCGUGGCCAAUGUAAAUAAGGCCAUCGAUGAGGGUGUUGACGCGUGCUGCAAGUCCGGUCCAGAGCAGCUGUCCAGGGGGCUCUGCUACUUCCGGCCGUGUGAAAACUGUCCCCACGAGAGCAUGGAAAACGAUGCCACGUGCAAGGACCAGCCAACCAUGGUGUCCCAGCCCUACUACAGAGUCGACCUUUUCAACAGGCAGAUGCGCAACGUCCUCCUGACCUCCCUGCUGGUCACCACUAUUGAGAACAAGACUGUGGCGCACAUAGGGACCUCUAAGGGGCGUCUGCUGCAGCUGGUCCUCAGAAGAUCCAGCCCCAUCAUCUUUGCUAAUUACUCCCUGGUGGAGAACCAGAGAGUGUCCUCCAUUGCCUCUGUGUACUCAGCAGAAUCCUUACUCUUUGUAGUUGGAAACAAGAUGAUCCUUGUGCCACAGAAGGGGCCAGGCUGUCGGCAUUUCCUGACCUGUGCCAUGUGCCUGAGAGCUCCCAGGUUCAUGGGGUGUGGGUGGUGUGGAGGGGUUUGCUCCUGGGAGGGUGAGUGCGGGGGCCGGUGGAGGAACGAGUCCUGUCCACCCAGCAUCACUGAGUUCUUCCCCAAGACAGCGCCCCCUGAUGGUCAGACAGAGUUGACCCUGUGUGGUUGGGAAUUCCAGUCACCUCUGCGGCCCGUCAUCAGUCCCAAAACCCACAAGGUGAGAGUGGGACAGACCACUUGCACUGUGAUGCCAGAGAAGAGCAACAGCACACACUUGGUGUGUGAGAUUCACACGGGCGCAAAGGAACUCCUUCAGCCCGUCGAUAUCGUAGCAGAGGUGCAUGAAGGGAAGGUGGAGGGCCGCUAUUCCAUCGACGGGAAAGCUCAGAUUCAGGGCUUCACUUUUGUGGUGCCGGAGAUCGUGAAGAUCCAUCCGGACUAUGGGCCCCGGGAUGGGGGCACCCUCAUCACCAUGACUGGGCCUCACCUGAACGCAGGGAAGACCAGGGGAGUCACUCUGGGUGAGGCUACGUGUCUGAUCAAAAGUGUUUCAGUCUUGAAGGGAAACAUCUCGUCCAUUGUCUGCCUGUCUCCACGCGUGUCCGAGGUGAGAGAUGUUGUUCUAAGGAUGCAUAUUGAUAAACACCGUCUCUCCACCAAGAUAUUCCACUUCAAAGAGACACCAGAGAUCACCGAGGUCCUCCCUGACUGCAGCUUUGACAGAGGAUCCAAGAUCACCAUCAGAGGCAGGCAUCUGGAUUCAGUCUACAGGGCCAUCGUCCACUUUAAGCCCAAUGAGAACCACCUGAAGCCCGUGCAGAGGGAGUGCAAUGGUACGGCGAGUCCCACGCACAGGGAGUGCCUGGCCCCUUCAUUCCACAGGGAUGAGUCUGAGGAAGGGGAGCUCUCCUUUGACAUGGACGGAGCUAAGGGGCUCUGGAAGAAAGAGUUUUCAUAUCACCCGUAUGCAGAACCCAUUCCUUUCGAAAACGAGGGCCAUGUACUGCGGCUGUUCACCGGUCAGGACGAAGUUUCCCUACAUCACAAGAAGCUGAACCUCGUGAGUUCCUGUAUGACCAUCACCAUGACGAUAGGAGGAGUGGACUGUGAUGCCAAAGUCCUGGACAAUGAAAUAACCUGUAGGAUUCCCAAAAACCUGACCUUUCCCAGUGAAGGUUUACCUGUGAAGAUCUCCGUAAAUGGACAGGUGCAGGACGUCGGACGGGUGAUCAUUGUCAGUAACCACUCUAUGGUGGGCAUCAUGCUGGGCAUUCUGGGUGCACUGGUGGCUGGUGCAGUACUGGCCUUCAUUGUGAUGAAGCACUUGAGAAAGAAGAAGAAAGCCUCCUUGGCAGAGAACCGUUUGUCUCAUUUUCCUCGUAAUCACACUGAAGCUAACAACAAUGCGGACAUAUCUCCUGUGGGUGACUACAGACGAGACCUGCCCCUAACUUCUGCCAGGGGGGGUGCAGUGGUGUUCCCCGGCCUGGCCUACGCUGGUAGCCUGGACAGCACUCUGACCCCCCUUAUGCCCCCGGAGAAGAUCUCCAUGUCCAGCUUCCGGCCAGAGCUUCUGGAGGAGGUGAAGGACGUGCUCAUCCCUGCAGAGAUGCUCAAUGUGCAUCACCACAAAAUCAUCGGCAAAGGUCACUUUGGGACAGUUUAUCACGGUUAUCUUAUGGACCACAAUGACAGAGAAAUCCACUGCGCGGUCAAAUCCUUAAACAGGAUCACAGAUGUGGAGGAGGUGGAGCAGUUUCUGAAAGAGGGCAUCUUGAUGAAGGGUUUCCACCACACUAAUGUACUGUCCCUACUGGGGAUACUGCUGCCCCAGGAAGGGCUCCCUCUAGUGGUGCUGCCCUACAUGAAGCAUGGGGACCUGCGUCACUUCAUCCGCUGUGAGAAUAGGAAUCCCACAGUGAAGGACCUGAUUGGCUUCGGGCUUCAGGUGGCCAAGGGAAUGGAGUACUUGGCGCAGAAGAAGUUUGUGCACAGAGACCUGGCAGCACGUAACUGCAUGCUGGAUGAGUCAUACACGGUGAAAGUGGCAGACUUUGGCAUGGCGCGGGACAUCUUUGACAAGGAGUACUACAGCGUGCAGGACCACAGGAAGGCCAAGCUGCCCGUCAAAUGGAUGGCCAUCGAGAGCCUGCAGACGCAAAAGUUCACCACCAAGUCUGAUGUGUGGUCCUUCGGGGUCCUAAUGUGGGAGAUGCUGACCAGAGGAGCCAGUCCCUACCCAGAGGUCGACCCCUAUGACGUCACUCAUUACCUAAUGAAGGGCCGAAGACUCCCACAGCCACAAUACUGCCCAGAUCCUCUAUAUGCUGUCAUGCUCCAGUGCUGGGACCCUGAGCCAGAGCUGAGGCCCUCUUUCGCCACGCUGGUCUCGGAGGUCCUGUCCAUUCUGUCCAACCUGGAGGGGGAACACUACAUCAGCCUCAAGGUCACCUACGUCAACCUGGACCAACCCCGCCCUUACCCUGCCCUCACAGAGUCCGCAGACGAGUAUGACUCCUCCGACCCGUGCGACUAUGACUCAGACACUGUCUAAAAGGUCAAUUGAUCAACACCCCAAGGUCAACCUAUCUAACACAGCAUGGUCAUCAUUAAAGGUGGUGCAAAGCCUCCUGUCUCCUGAAUAAAGGGGUUUAAAACAGACAGGGAAACCUAUGGUUAUGUCAGGCUAUAGCCAGGCUGUCUGUAAUGUUAGUAGAAGAAACUACAUGGAGGGGCUUCCCCGGCACAGAAGGAAUGAGUCUGUCUGCUAGUUCAUUCCUUGGUAGGACUCAACUGGCAAAUGUGCCAAAGCACUAUUUAAACCUGUUGUUCUCUCGUAAUUGUGUGUAAAUAGUAUAGGCCAAAGGUAUUAGCCAUCUGUGGUUUUAAAAAGAAGAAAAAAAGAAAACUUAAUGUAGAGAAGAAUUCAGUUGAUUUGUGCACAUUUAUUGAAUAACAAACACAAACAUAUUUUUUAUUAUUUCUGUCUACAAUAGCACAAAAAUAUGAGUUUUACUUAAAACAUAAUCUUAGAUAUGACUCUCCUUUGGCUUUACUUACACAAAUGAUUGGACAGACUUCAAGUAAUUUGUUUAAUUGCCAAAGGAGGCUAUUUUGAGGAAAGUCAUGCCUAAGAUUAUUUUUAAAGCAAAACUCAUCUUUUUGCAUUAUUAUAGGUAGAAACUGAAAAUAAAUGCAUAUACUUUGCUUAUUUAUUUAAUAAAUGAGCAUAUACUAACAGAAUACUUUUCUGCUCAAAGUCAUUUAAAGACCACUGGUGGCCUAAUAUUUGUGGCCUGUAUUGCAUAUAUAUAUAUAUAUAUAUAUAUAUAUAUAUAGCAGUCUAUUGUAAAUGUGGUUGUAUCAAUGUGUGAACUUUCAUGAUGUGUGUGUGUGUGUGUGUGUGUAUGUAUGUGUGUAGUUAAAUAUUUUGAUUGUAUAUUUUGAAUCAAGGAAUGGAAUGCUAAAAGAAUGGACUUUUUAUUUAAAAAAUAUGAAAACUAUAUUUGUGGCACCUCGCUAUGCCCCUGCUGUUCUUGCAAAAGAAGUGUUUGAAUGAGUUGACCUUCUUUAUUUUUUAUUUUUUUCUUAUUUAUUUGGUCGCUUAUUGUGGCAUGUGGCUGAAGGAUUAUGUGGUAAACCAACAGAAACUCCUCACUCACACAUUCUCAGCUCAUUUUAUGGGUUCAGUGAUGUGCUAUUAUUGCUGUGCUUACAUGUGGCUAGGAACCAGCAGCCUUCUGAGCAAGACCGGGCACAGUGUUUAAGACUCUGAGAACACUGUGUGACACCUGAAAGGAUAGUCAAAUGUUAGGUUCAGAAUAAAAGUGUUAGCUCAUUGACUUGCUCUGGUUAGUCAUGUAAGCAUUUUCUUUUGCCAAGCUGGGUACAAAUAUAAACAUGGCUGUCCACACCCAAGCACAUAUACAGGUGCACACAAACACAUAUGGACCUGUGCAUAAAUGGAGUUACAUGCGUAAGACUGUAGUAAUUCAAGGAUCAGCUAAAUAAAAGCAAUUUUAAUAUUGUCA